AUGUCCUACCAAUCCGAAUUUUGCCAUGAUUCAGAUUCGAGAUUCGUCAAUUAUGAUCUAGAUAAUGAUGAUAUUGACAAUGGAGGUGAAUUUGAAGAUAUUGUAACCGAUGGAGAAGGUUUUACUGAGGCAAAAGAAUCCGAAUUGCUUCAUAGAAAAGUGAAGUCAGACGAAGAGGCAUAUGAUUUAUAUAAUAGAUAUGCAUUCAAACAUGGUUUUGGUACACGUAAAGGAAAGUUGAAUACUAGAGAAGACAAGGUUACAAUUCGACAGCGAUUUUGUCAAUGUUCUUAUGUUGGGUUCAAGAGGGUUAAUAAGCCUGGUGCUGAACCAAAGGUGUAUAAAAAAAGAGACUUCCGUACCGGAUGCAAAGCCAUGAUUCAAUUUGAUGUAGACAAGGAUUCUGGUUUGUUUGUUGUAGUUAAGCACCUUAUGGAGCAUAAUCACAGCAGAGUCCCUGUUUCAAAGAGGCAUUUGAUCAGGUCACAUAGAAAGGUCACUGGUGAACAGGUUGCUAUGCUUAGUAGUUUAACUGAGAAUGGUAUAACUAUUGCUGAAGUUGUCCGUGUUUUGAAAGGUCAAGCUGGAGGUCAUUUGCAAUCCUUCUUCUUUCGUGAUAGUAGAAUGAAGGUUGAUUAUGAGGCUUUUGGAGACUUAUUGGUCCAUGAUACUACAUAUCGUACAAAUAAAUAUGCUAUGAUUUGCGGUCCAUUUGUUGGUAUGAACCAUCAUAAUAAUAAUGUUAUGUUUGGGAUUGGAUUUUUGAUUAAUGAAAAGUGGGAGUCAUUUGUGUGGUUGUUCAAUACUUUUUUGAAAUCUAUGAGAGACAAACAUCCUGUCACAUUAAUGACUGAUCAAGCUCAAGCAAUGGCCAAGGCAAUUAAGAUUGUCUUUCCAAACACUCGGCAUCGAUUAUGUACUUGGCAUAUUGGGGAGAAUGCAAAGAAAAACAUCAAAGGACUUAAAGCAAAGGAUGGUUUCAAUGACUUAUUUGAUAUUGUUUUAAAGUACACCGAUACUAUGGCAGAAUUUGAGCAUUAUUGGUCAAGCAUGACUCAAAAAUACAAUUGCAAGGAGAACAAAUGGCUUAGCAAUUUGUAUAAUAUUAGAGAGAUGUGGUGUCCUGCAUACUCGAAAGACUACUUUAGUGGUGGCAUUCUCUCAUCUCAAAGGAGUGAAACAACAAACAAAUCGGUUUCUCAUAGACUUCAUGUCACUCAUGGUCUUUGUGAUUUCUACAAUUCGUUCCUUGAGGUUGUUGAUGAGUGGAGGAGAAAAGAAAGCAGUAAAGAUUAUGAUAGUAUGACAGGUAAUCGACACUUAGUGUGGGCAGAUGUGGGAUUGUUAGAGCAUGCAAGAAAGGUUUAUACCAUUCAAGUCUAUCUACAAUUCGAGGAUAAUUUUGUGAAUGGUGUGCCUUGCACUGCAAAGGUAAUAGCAAUGCAACCUCCUCUUUAUGAAUAUCAUGUUGGGCAUCCCAAAAAAGAUUUGAUAAUGCAUACAGUUACUUUUGAUGAAUCAACGGUAACAGUUGAAUGUACCUGUAAGCACUUUGGCGAAGUGGGGCUACUAUGUAAGCACUCACUUCGUGUACUACACUUGAAUAACAUCACCUACAUUCCGAAACGAUAUAUUGUGAAGAGAUGGACAAAGGCCGCCAUGUGCACUAGGGUUGAUGACAAUGUUGUUGCUGAAUCAGGUAUCACUCCUUCUAAUGUUUGGAGAUUACAUUCUAUUAGGACCUUUAUUAGGCUUGUCGAUCGUGGGCAAAAUGACAUAACUACUCGAACUGUCAUUGAAGAAGCUAUUGAUGAUUGUACUAAUAGAAUCGAUCUAUUAUUGAGAAAGGAUGAAGAAGAAACCACACAAUGUUCAAACGUCAAUGAUGAAUCAGCUACACAAUAUAAUGGUGACGGCAACCUGUUGGAACCACAAGAUAAUUUAGAGGAGUGUGUUGAAAGAAUAGAUGUGGGUGAUCAAAAACAGGUUGUGGACGAUAUUGAUGUUAAGGACCCUGUUAAGAGAAGGAAGAAAGGACAAAGAAACACAAGACUAAAGAGCACUCAAGAAAAGAUAUGUAACAAGCUUAAAGGUCAAAAAAUCAAGUCAUGGAAAAAAAAGAGUGCUAGAGGGGUUUCUAAAAUGAAACAAAAGGCGCAAACUACAAUCAAGGGUAUACUGGACUCUAUGGCAGUACCUCAAGGAAAUAUUUUGGCGCAUUCAUCUGAAUUUGGAGGGUCCUUAGAGUACGUUGAGCCAGAUGAAUACUUUGGAAUAAAUAUUAGUCCUUUCUAA